UGUCUGACAUGAAUAACGCAAACCAGAGUCAAAGCAGAGGUACUAAUACAGGUCCUAAUAGGGAUAUAAAAAACAGGGUCCACCCUAUAAUAUAGUUCAACACUGGGUAAGGUUUAUCUGUACACACUGUUGACGACAAGUCUAAAGGAUGGCAGAAGAGCUGCAUUAUUCUUCCGUGGUUUUCAAGAAUCCCAUCGUUUCUUCGCCGAAAGAGAAAAAAGAGGAAGAAACAGCAUAUGCUGAAGUAAAGGCUAAGGGAAGUGCAGUCACUCAACAAAAUCCUGCCACAGCAGUGGACGAGAAGUCUGCUCUCCACUCUCAACCCUUUCGAGGACCGGCAGUGUGUUUGGGGCUUCUUUGUGCCCUCUUAGUUUCAGCCAUUAUAGGCCUCUGUGUCUACUUCAGCACUGCUCUCUCAGAGCACAACACAAAGUUGGUGGGGGAACUGGCGGCCAAUCAGGACCUAAUGAAUCUCAAUAGCAAUCUGAGUAGAGCCAAUCACAUUUUGCAGAGUGAUUACACCAAUGUCAGCACCACAAACCGACGUUUAGCGGCAGAGAAAGAACAUGUGUCAAGAGAGAGGGAUAGACUGAACUGGAAUCUUCAGUUCAUAUUUCAGUUUGAUGACUUUCCGGUCAAGAAAUAUUGUUCACAAAACGUUGGCUCAGGAGAGAGAGUGUGUAACUCUUGCCAAGAUAGCUGGAUUUUGUUCCAAUCUAGUUGUUACCUGAUUGUGCAAUAUGACCCUCCAUGGAAGACCUGGACAGAAAGCCAACAAUAUUGCAAACAAGAGAAUGCUGAUUUGCCCGUCAUUGGCAGCCGAGCAGAACAGGAAUUCAUUCAUAACCACACUAAAGAAUACUAUGAUAAGUACCAUGGGUAUUGGAUCGGUUUGACGGACAAAGCUGAAGAGGGCAAAUGGCUCUGGGUUAAUGGAGGUCAUCAGAAUCUGACUGAUGGGUUUUGGAACAGUCAAACUGGGGGUGAUUGUGUGUUAACUAUCCCAAGCAAUGCACCGUUGGCUAAUUGGAAUGCUGUACGGUGUGAUAUGCAGAACAGUUGGAUCUGUGAGAGUAGAGCAUUAAUAUGGUCAGAUUAAAUUGCAGGGACACUCUCUUAAGAGGUAUUCUCACAUACUGAGCUCCAAUAUAUUGUAUUAUAUUAUCUUAUAUUAUUAUAUUAUCUUCCUUUGAGAAUUCCAUUAAGUUGUAUUCUUCUCAUUGAAGGACCCCUGCAUCUGCUUUUUGGGGUCAAAUCAGAUUCACUCAAUUCAGGAAGUGAUUUUAAUAUAGAAUUCACAAAGGAAAACCUUAAUUGGCUGACGCAAACACAGGUCUGUUUUGUACGUUUUUGAAAUGUUAACAAUCAACGAUCUGUUUUAAUGUAGCUUUGGUGAAUUUAAAAAAUAAUGUUUUGUUUUGAGCUUUCAUAUAAAUCAGGGACAUUUUCUUUCAUAUCAAUUAUUUCAUUAUGACAAUGAAUAAGUGCUCUUAUAUUGUCUUAUUGUAUUAUGUUUCAUACAGCUAUUUCUAUGUUCACAAUCAAAAUCAACUGUAUGUAUAGUAGUGUUUUUGUAUAACAUUUGUUUUGGCCUUUCAUAGAUCGGAAAUCAUAUAAUAUUCAGUUUACAAAGUAAAGCUGGACUUGCCAUCCAAGAUUUUCUUCCUUCAAUUUUGAAACAUCUUAGCAUAUGAAGUACAAGUUUAUGAUGAUGCCUUCACCACCAUACUCCACCGUAGGGAUGGUGCCAGGUUUCCUCCAGACGUGACUCUUGGCAUUCAGGUCAAACAGUUCAAUCUUGGUUUCAUUAGACCAGAGAAUCUUGUUUCUCAUGGUCUGUG